CUUCGUUCUCGUAGCAACACCGCCCGUCUGAGUUGAGGAGACGAUGCGUGCGUUUGUGGUAGGUGUCCGCGUGUUCUGGCUUUUCUCCGCCUGUUUGGCGCUGGCGUCGGCCGAUAUAGGACUGAAGCUGCGUCAGGCAGCCGCUGCUCGUGCCCGUGGCGGCCUUUCCAGCUACGAUGUUGGUCAGAGUUCAGUAUCGGUUGACUAUUCUCAGGGAGCCGGUGCCGGUGCUGGUGGGUUCUCUGGGUUAAGUGCGGGAGGUUUUGGAGGUGGACUUCAGUACGACACUUCGUCCGCUGCCUUCAAUGGCUUUGGAGCGUCGGGUGCUGCAGGAUUUAGUGGAUUUGGUGGAUUCGAUGGUGGAGCAGCUGCUGAUUUCGGAGGAUUCGGUGGGGCUGGCGUGAGUGGUUUCGGUGGUGGAGCUGUUGACUACAGUGAUGGUGCCGCUGGUGCCACCUUCAAUGGUGGAGCAGCUGCCUUCAACGGUGGAGCUGCUGCCUUCGGAGCAAAUGGUGCAGCUGCAUACAGCGCUGAUGUUGGUGUAGGUGGUGCUGCAGCUUACAAUGGAGGUAACGUCCGCGUUGUCACCAAGCCAGCGAUCGUCAAGAAGCAUUUCUACUACCACGCCGCUCCUGACAACGAGCCGGAAGUCGAGCCAGAGGCCCGUCUCGAGAUCCAACCCCAGACUCACUACAAGGUGCUGUUCAUUAAGGCCCCAUCUCUCCAGGCCAGACCCGCCAACCGUGUCGCUGCCCGCACCCGCACACAAGAGAAGACCCUGGUCUACGUUCUGGUCAAGAAGCCAGAGGCUCCCGCCGAAGUGGCCGAUACCCCCGUGGACACCUAUACCAGCGGCAAACCGGAGGUGUACUUCAUCAAAUACCAGGGCAGGGGUCGUGCUGAUAAUGUUGCCGCCUAUGCAAGAGCUGGCACUGGAGCUGGCGUCGCCGCUUACCAAGGUGCAGCCGAUGCCGGAGCUGUCUACGCCUCGAAUGACGCUGGCGCUUACACGGGGUCUGACGCGGAUGCCGACUCCGGAGCCGGUGCUGCCGUUUACGCUGGUGACGAUGGAUCUUCAGCUCAGUUAGUCGGCAAUGGUGUUUCCGGUUCGAUCGACGCCUCUUCGCAUGCUGCCUACGUUUCGGGUGAUGCCGCUGGUGGUGCCGACGAUGGUACCGUCCACGCUGGCAAUUCCCCAUCGCACGCGAGAAACGGACUUGAGUUCUGAAAACCUUCGAAAAGAUUUGAUGAAAAAAAACCGAUGAAACCUAAUAAAAUAAAUUUAUUUUUCUCUAGAAUCAGACUGUGCGAGCAAAGCUAGAGUUUGCGGAUAAAUAUAAAAACGAUGUUCCAAAUAUGACUGUAAUAUAGGUUUAGCGAGAAUAGGGAAUACGGAAGGAGCCAACUUUGUACCGGAUGUGA